ACCGGACAUUGCAGAUUCAAGAGAAAACAUGUCGGCGCCACUGACACCGGAUACGUUAAGAUUAUCCCCCACCAAUCAGAGAGUGCCCUUCAGGAAGCUGUUGCUACCGUCGGCCCUAUUUUCGUUGCUGUAGACGCGGGUCAUAAAUCAUUCCAAUUGUACAAGAAAGGUGUUUACAGCGAACCCGCCUGCAGCUCCACCAAAGUUGAUCAUGGUAUGCUAGUUGUUGGUUACGGCUCUGAGGGAAGCAAAGAUUAUUGGCUGGUUAAAAAUAGCUGGGGAACAAAGUGGGGGAUGGAGGGAUACAUUAUGAUGGCCAGAAACAAGAAGAACAUGUGCGGAAUCGCCACCCAUGCUAGCUAUCCCAAAGUGUAAACGUUAGACAAUCUCACUAGAGGGCGUGUCUAACCAUUUGCAUCAUCCAAAUUUGCUACACAUAAU